GCGCUCUUCAUCAGCUGAUUUUUGCGUCCGGUUCGGCGAGUCAUGCUUUUUCUUCCGGUCCGAUGCAGACCGCCGUUUCAGUAUCUGCGGGAUCGACGGUGAAGAUGGUAGAUGAGGCUGGUGACAGAGAUGAGUCCUCUACCGUUGCCAUUAUCAGGGAAGUCUAUGACAGUGAGAAUGCUCACGAGACAUUUGAAUAUGAGUUAGAAAGAGCGUUAGAAUCGGAAUGCAGUUUAAUUGUUAUCGAACCGUCGAAAUUAGGUGAUGAAACCUCCAGAUGGAUAGCAGUAGGAAAUUGUCUUCACAAGACUGCUGCAUUGUCAGGUCUUGCUGCAAUCGUCACAGGCCUAGUUUGGGGCGAUCGACCAUAUAUCUGUGGUCCACUAGGUUUCACAUCAGUCAUAACCUGCGGACUGUAUACAGUCUCUUGGCAAUUUGAUCCUUGUUGUCAGUAUCAAGUAGAGACUGAUACCAGCAAAUUACCACACGUUGAGCUAUUAGCUGUUUUAGGUCCAUCGUCUCCAACAUUUCUUGUAAGGAAAGAUGAUAAGAGGAGACGAAUUCUCCAUACAACUAUUACAUUGGCAGCCCUUAGCAUUACCACCUGGAGAGUAUAUCAGGCGUUUAAGUGAAAAAAAUGCUAUUAGCAUUGGUCUUGAUUUAAGCCAGGGUGAACCAAUAAGGUGAAUGCUGCUUAUGUGAUCUAAGUAAACCACAUAAACACACAUAAAAAGCCAGAUUUUGUCCGAAUAUUUACAUUGGCAUGUAAUUUCCUCGAGGUCUUAUAUUAUUAUUUCUUGAUCUUCAUCUUGGCAAAAUUUUCAAAGCUAAUACGAAAGGGGAAAGACCAUACAUGCAGUCUUUAUAAUGAAGAAACAAAUAUAUAUAUUGACAUAAGUGUUCUUAGAAUGAUUAAAUUUACAAUGGUACAUAUGGAUUUAGCAUUAUGUAUUUUUAGACUGUAAAUAAAAUAGGUAGAGAGAAUACAAUACGUAUAAUAUGUCAAGGGGUA